UUGACUGAACUACAGAGUAUUCUGCAUAUAACCUAACAAUGUGAUCAUUUACGUUGAGCCAAUUUCUUCGGUUUAAGAAUGGAUAUCAAAGUUUGUUUCUUUGUUUUAAUUGCGAUACAAACGCAACUGUGCAGCGGUUUCUUAAAUUUCUACAUGAGCCUUGCAGAGGUGCACCGUUUCUUAGGGUUGGAAAUGGAACUAUUCUACGUUCGCGAUGGAGUAGUGAAUGAUUGCGCGAUGAAUUUUGUAGUACCGGUGCCUUCAAAAAUAGAAUCUCUAUAUUUCACUUGGGAGAGUUUCGCUAGAAGAACUCUAUCCUAUUCAAUUGGAAUCGACGUAUCGAACGAAGUAGCACUAGGUACGCCGAAGUUAAACAUUAGCAAAGCAGGUACCGUUCCAAAUGCGGCUCAAACAUUCAGCAUUUCCCUACCUUGUACCGGUAUUGUCACCGCUGAAGUGAACGUGGCUAUUCAUGUAAACAUUACCCUGAUGCCAAUAAACGUGACGACCCUAUCUUUCCGACGGAAGAAGACUUGCAUCAAGGCGGAACACCUACAGAAUAGCCAUGUACGCGUCGACUCCGCACCCGCUCAUUCGAAUUCUACAAACAUCUUCUAUUCCGCGGUUAUUUGCGCUACAAGUUUGAUAGCGAUAAUCGUGUCCGUUUCCGCCGCUAUACACAUGAAGAACAAAAAGCUUAGGAGGACCAGGGAGGAGAUGACUAAUCAGGCUUAUCUCACAGCAGCCCCUCGGAAUCCUACAACUUCCUCAUACGGGAGUUUUAGAAGAAUGGCCAGCUAUUCGCUGAUUGAUGAGCGCUGUAAAGAUCUGCAAGAGAGAAUUGCUGAAUUGACAAUACAAAGAUGUAGAGUGAGGUUGAAUAGCGUUGUACUAGAAGGUACUUUUGGUAGAGUGUACUUGGGUUCCUACACUGACGAGGAGGGCGUUGAAGAAGAGGUUAUAAUCAAAACGGUGACGGGUCACGCGUCUCAGACGCAGAUCUCGUUACUACUCCAAGAAGGCAUGUCGAUGUAUUCCUUGAAUCAUCGUUCAAUCCUGACUAUUCUGCGAGUAUCAAUCGAGGAUCACACCGCUCCCUUCUUGCUCUACACAUAUCGAAAUACAACGAACAUGAAGGUGUUCUUACAGAAAUGCAAAAGCAAUAUGGAAGGUGUUGCCCAUUCCUUGACUACUCAAGAGGUCGUGGACAUGGCGCUCCAAGUGAUACACGCGAUGCAAUAUUUACACAAGAAACAUUUAUUACAUAAGGACUUAGCAACCAGAAACUGCGUUAUUGACGAUAAAUUGAAAGUACAAAUAGCCGACAAUGCUCUAUCCAGGGAUUUGUUCCCAGCAGAUUACUACUGCUUAGGUGAUAACGAAAAUAGACCGGUGAAGUGGUUAGCGAUUGAGGGUCUGCUCCAUAAGACGUUCUCUACAAGUUCCGAUGUUUGGUCAUUUGGAGUCCUUCUAUGGGAGUUAACCACUUUGGCACAACAACCCUAUGUCGAGAUUGAUCCCUUCGAAAUGGCUGCUUAUUUGAAAGAUGGCUAUCGCCUUGCCCAACCUAUAAAUUGCCCGGAUGAAUUAUUUGCUGUGAUGGCUUAUUGCUGGGCCAUGAGCGCCGAAGAGAGACCCACUUUUUCACAGUUGCAAGUAUGCCUACAAGACUUUUACGCCCAGCUGACGCUUUACGUUUGAAAAGAUUUGCUCAAAACAAUAACCUUGAUAACGAAAUAGAAAUAAAGAUGUUCCUUUAAAAAAGAUGACGGAGAAUGCUCGAAUGACAAAAACAGCGAAGGAAUGUUUUUUUU